AUGAUCCGGUGGACUUCCUUACCAAGACACUUGCGUGCGACUCCUGCAAGGUUCUACAGCAUCAAACUCUCAACGGAAUAUACUCCGGGACCUCCCCGGUUGCCUAAAGAGCAACAGGAAGAGUUUGAGAGGUUGCAGCAUAUCGCUAACUCCCAAGCUGCCAUAGAUGAAUAUAAUGCCCAGAUGGAAAGCAAGGGCUAUACCGAAAGUACAGUGGAAGAAACUCCUAAAGUAAAUACCACAGAUAUCGGUGGUUUCCAAUCUUUGAAGAUCAUCCCGGAGUUUGAAGGCGACGUAAACCCUAAAACAGGAGAACGUGGUGGUCCCAAACAGGAUCCUCAACGUUAUUCCAAGGAUGAAUGGACUUUUAACGGAAGAGUCGUUGACUUUUAG